GCUGACUCUCUCGAAGCCUCCGUGCCGCACUGACCGACUGACUCACUGUCACUCAGCUCUCGCUUCCCCCAAGCCCCAACACAGCCUCUGCCUCCAUGGAUCCCCGCGGCGGCGACUUCCCGUGCAUCGUCCAAGCCCUACCCUCCGUGGAUCCGAACGAAGCCGCCUCCGACUCGCCCUGCAUCGUCCAGGCCCUAGCGGCGUCCCCCUCGCCGUCCCCUUCCAAAGCCCUCGCCCUCACGCCCGCGGCCAGAGACCAGCCGCCGCCCGCCUUCAAAUCCUCCAGGCCCCCGAGCCCCCGCCGCACGCGCUCCGGCCGCGCGCCCGAGUGGACCGCCGCCGAGACCCUCGCGCUCGUCGCCGCCGUCGCCGCCGUGGACGACGACGGCUGGGCCCGCUCCGUCUCCGCCUUCCAGAAGUGGGCCAUCGUCGCCGAGAACAUCGCCUUCUCCGAUGCCGGUGGGGCGCCCUCGAGGCGCAGGGGGAGGGCGGCCGGCGAGUGCAAGCGGAGGUGGGAGGCGCUCGUGGCGGAGUACGGGGCGGUGCGCCGCUGGGAGGGGCGGACCGGGGGGAGUUACUGGCGCAUGAGCGCCGCGGCCAGGAGGAAGGCCGGGCUCCCCGCGGAGUUCGACGCCGAGGUGUAUGGCAUCAUGGACGCGCUGAUCCGGGUCGACGAGGCGCUCCUUGGCGGCGCCGGGGGAGGAGGGGGCGACGAGGGCUUGGUCAGUGCUAAUGGUGGUGCUGGUGAUACUGCUGAGGUGGGAGAGGAAGAGGGUGGCGAUGCUGGGGUUGAAGAAGAGGAGGAGGCGGAUGGUGACGGGAGUGAGGAGGAGAUGCAGGUGGAUGAUGAAAAUGCUGCGAAUGCUUCUGAUGAUUUGGGGUGUGAGAUGGAGACCGACAACGAACCAAAGAAAAGCCAAGCCGACGCAUGGGAGUUAGCCAACAGGCUAAACGAGAACGCUCAGCAUAUUCAUAUGAUACUAAGUGGAGACGCUGAUGAAGAUGGUGGCCACCACAAUGCUCCUGCCUAUGCCGUCUCACCUGAUGCAAUGGAGACCACUCGGCAGAAAGCCGACGAGCUGAUCAAGUCGCUAGGUGGGCUCGUGAGCUACUUGAACCAGUUCACCGAUCUGAUCAAGGAAAACGGGAUCGAGGAUGUCGUCGGUGUGAACUGACUGAUGGUAGGCGGGUUUCCUUUGAACUUUGAAGGGUCGAAUCAUGCCAGCCUGAUCGUCCGUCUCUGUCCCUCUCCGUGUCCUCUCUCUCUCUCUCUCUCUCUUCUAUGUAAAUAUGAGGGCUAUGUAGGAUGCUUCUAAUCAAAUGAUGUAGGUUUGUAGCAGACACCUGUAUGUGCGUUGGCGCCACUAUCUGUUUCACCCCCCUGCCUGAUGCUUACAGAGACAUUGGCUGGAUCAGUUUAUCUGCUGUUCUGUGUGAUUUCUCUUCAA